UCUUUGAACACACUCUCUUUCUCUCUAUAAAACCCCCAAAGAUCCUCCUUUUUCGAAGCUUAGGACACCAGAUCUCUUAAAGAUGGCUACUUGCUGAGGCGAUUUCUCUCAUCAGAUACCCAAACGGUUUCUCGGUUCUUCCCCUUUUGUCUCUCUCCAAUGCAUUUUUACGUAUAAACUCUCUCUGUAUAUCUAUCGACAAAAGCUGACUCCAGCUGCAACGAACACUUGCAUAUUUGUCGUAUUCGAUCCCUUUCUUUUGAUUUCUUAUGCGAAAAAAGGUUCGAUUUUUUAUGUAAAAACUCGAAGUUUUGUUUUAUUGCAAUAACAGAGAGAGUUAGGGGACGAUAUGUUCAGUGAAGAAGAGUUGAGAGAGAUAAGUGGAGUGAAGAGAGGAGAUGAUUACGUGGAAGUCAUGUGUGGAUGCACCAGCCACCGUUACGGUGAUGCUGUUGCUAAACUUAGGGUUUUCUCCUCUGGUGAACUUGUAAUCUCCUGCGAUUGUACCCCUGGCUGCCCUGAAGACAAGCUGACUCCAGCUGCAUUUGAGAAGCAUUCUGGAAGAGAGACUUCCAGGAAAUGGAAGAAUAAUAUUUGGAUCAUUGUUGAUGGUGAGAAAGUUCCAGUGGUAAAGACUGCACUACUCAAAUAUUAUAACCAAUCUUCAAAGGCCAAUGGAUCACAUAGAUCUCAAAAUGGGCGAGCUUGUCAUCGCGAUGAGUUUAUCAGAUGUACUGAUUGCAACAAAGAACGCAGAUUUCGUCUCCGCACAAAUGAAGAAUGCAGGAGCUACCAUGAUGCUUUGGCUAAUCAGCAUUGGAAGUGCUCUGAUAUUCCUUAUGACAAAGUUUCAUGUGAUGAUGAUGAAGAACGAGCAAGCCGUAGGGUGUACAGGGGAUGUUCGCGUUCUCCAACGUGUAGAGGAUGCACUUCCUGUGUGUGUUUUGGAUGUGAAAUAUGCCGUUUCUCAGACUGCAGUUGCCAGACUUGCAUUGAUUUCACAAGGAAUGCAAAAGCUUGAUUUCACCCCUUAACUUCUUUUGUCAUACUUGAAUACUUAUUUCAAUUUAAAUGGGUAUGUUUUUCCCCAUCAUUAAUCCAUUUUAACCCCUGUACAUGUUUACACUAUGUUUUUGCUGAGAUUCUCUUUCAGGGAUUUAAUGAAAAUUUACAAUUACAGUCAAAGGCUUUAUCUUUUCCUAUGUAGUAUUCGUUUGUAUGGUUCAGACAGAUCAUUUAAAUCUCCAUACUUUACAACA